CUUCUUCCGCUGCAUACUCGAAAGGCAAGGCCUGGGCUUCCUUUUUUUCCCUAUUUCCAACAGUGGAGCAAGGAGUCAGAGAGAUCGCGAAUGGAAUGAAGUGGUUUGGAUUAGGAAUAGGAAGGAAUUCGCGCCUGCCAUGAGGACCAACAGCAAAUCGAGGUGGAAGUUCUCCUUCCGCCGCUCUUCCUCAGCCGCCUCGCUGUCCCCCGCCGCCUCAGCGUCGACUACGCCCUCCUCCACGGCGGACUUGCCGCUGGAGUUCCUAUGCCCCAUCUCCGGCUCCAUGAUGGCCGAGCCCGUCAUCAUUCCCUCCGGCCAAACCUUCGAGCGCAGAUGCAUUCAGGCCUGCCUCGACCUCGCCUUCGCCCUGCCGGACCUCCACAUCGCCCUGUCGCCGCCGCCCGUGCUUAUCCCCAACUGCGCCCUCAAGUCUGCAAUUGUUGCCUGGUGCGCCCGCUGCAGCUUCAGUUCUCCCCUCCCUCUCUCUCCCGAAGCUGCCGUGGCCCUCGUCCGCCGCCUCAUGCCCACAGAUCAGCAGGCCCUUCCCUCCGCCGCCGCCGCCGCCGCCGCCGCCGCCUCUGCGCCGUUCUCUGAUAGCGGAAAAGAGGAACAGGAAGCAGAUUUCGGUGGCGACGCAGGGAAAGGUGGAGUCUUAAUAGCUUCCAAGGUUGUUUCCCAAGGAAUGGGUGAGAAAGACGGCAUUUUGCCUUCGGUAGCGGAAGAGAAAUCAAAGGAACCGAUGAGAAUCGCCACUUCUGUCCCUUGCCUCGAGCGCGAGCGCGAGCGAGAGAAGAACCAAUCUUCUAGCUCUUCGUCAGGUUCCACUCCUCUGUCGUCCUCUUAUCAUUCAUCUUUUUCUUUCUCUUCUUCCGAGAUCGUCGUUCUCGAUGGAACGUUGGAUAGAGAGCGAACUCCAAGGGUCGCCAAUUCGCCAUCGGCGAGGACGAAGACUGAUGCGCUGGAAGAGGCGUUGGUCAAGUUCACGGAGUUAGAUGUGGCGGAGCAGAAAUCAGCCGCCGCCAAUUUCAGGAAAGCUACGAGGGAGAGCUGCGACCGGCGCGUGGCCCUCUGCACACUGCGCCUCCUGGGCGCUCUCCGUCCCAUGCUUAUUUCGCCCUUCGCUGCCAUCCAGAUCGAUACCGCUGCCGCAAUUGUGAACCUUUCGCUGGAACCAACGAACAAAGUUCCGAUUGUGAGGUCCGGAAUCGCGCCGGCGCUCGUCGUGAUUCUCCGUAGCGGCCCCGUGGAAGCCCGCUACCAUGCUGCCAGCGCCCUCUUCAGUCUCGCCAUCGAGGAGAACCGCACCCCACUAGGCGUCAUCGGCGCCAUACCGCCACUCCUUGACCUCUUCUUCUGCCCUUCGACCGCCGGGUCCCGCGCCCGACACGACGCCGGCAUGGCUCUCCACCGCCUCUCUCUCACCGCGGCCAACAGGUCUAGGAUUGUGCGCACCCCGGGGGCAGUUCACGCGCUGCUCGCGGUGGCGUCAGAGAGAGCAACGGAGGCGGCCGCUCCGGACGAGCAAAGGGAGGUUCUGGUACUAGCGAGGAUAGCGAUGAUGAUGAUCCACAACGUCGCGGGUUGCGACGAAGGGAGGGCGGCGCUAACGGACGCCGGCGGGGUGUUCGCGCUGGUGAAUUUGCUGAAGAGGGAGACACUGGAAGGGGCGGACAAGGAGCACUGCGUGGCAGCGCUAUACUUCAUGAGCCAGAGGAGCUUGCGUUUCCGGGGCCUGGCGAAGGCGGCAGGGGCGGAGCAGGCGUUGUCCAGGCUGGCGGAGGAAGUCGGCGGGGGAGACCUGCAGGAAAUGGCGAGGAGGACGCUGAAGGCGUGCGAGGGGAGGAAGGUGGCGACGCGCCGCCGCCGCUAGGGUUCGGGGAACUCGACGGGGACGUUACAAUCCCCGUAUCGGACAGGUCGGGCGAUUUCGGCAACAGAAAUUACAGAACCGACCGGGUCGAGUCGGCCCAGAUCUAACCUGUGGGAACUCGAGUCGACUGGGUCGAGUAGUGACGUCAUAUGACAAGUUG